AUGCCUGAAACAAGAAGUCCAAGUCCAGCUGAAGAAUAUGAAAAAGAUGUAGGUUUCUUUUUCUCAAAAACUUUUUAUCUCAUCCAAAAUAUCCCAAUUUUCAGGCCAAAAGCGUCCAACAACGAUCAUUCACAAGUUCUGAAGCUGAAAAGAUUGGAGCAGAGCUCAAAAAUUUUUCUGAAAAACCUGGGAAACUUCAGGAAAUGUGUGGACCAUUGACAGAUAAAAAUGGAACGGUUGAAGAAUCGUUGGAUCCGAAAAAAGAUCGAAAAAUUGAACGAGAAAAUAAGAAAGGAAUAAAUGAGGAUGAUGUGGAAUUUGAGAGAGAAGAAAAUCCGAAGGAAGAGGGGGAGACAGAAGAGGGAUCUGAUGUAAGUUUGGAACAUUUUGAAAAAUAGCUAGAUUUUCAGUAAAACACAUUUUUCCAGCCAGAUGCUCCAAGUUCAAGCACAGCUCAACCACAAGCUAAUAAUUUUUCUAAUUUGGUAAAUUUAUAUUCAAAUAAGCCAUCAACGAUAAUUAUUUUUACAGUUAAAUAAUCGAGAACUCGAAUUAAAUCCAUCAACACUUCCAAGUGAAUCAAGUCGCGUGGAAAUAGCAGAGUUAGUUUCGAAAUAUUUCAAAUUGAAAUAUUCAAUAAUAUUUUUUUACAGUGAUGCAGACACACAACACGCAAAAUGUUCUUUUUGUCACUUUUUAUUGAAUUUAUGUCAUUGUGUGAAGAAAACAGUAGAAAUAACAAAUAAAUUAAGUCGGUCGAAUUCUAUACAUCCAGGAACGGAAGAAUCCGAAGUGUAG